AUGGCCUCAAACAACACUUUCUACAUCGCCGUAGAAAACUCGGAGGUGUAUGCAGAUGCUGUGGAGCUGCACCAGAUCCCUGUGGAGACCGUCCCUGUGGAGACCAUCCCUGAGGAGACCGUCUGUGGAGACCAUUCCUGUGGAGACCGUCCUUGUGGAGACCGUCCCUGUGGAGACCAUGGCGGUUGAGGCAGCCGAGGAGUACGAGGACAUCAGCGGCAGCGGGUCCAUGAUGGCCACCACCAUCCGUCUCUGAUCGCGCUGCAGCCUCUCAUUAUCAGCACCCCAAACCAAGGGGACUACAACGAGGAAAUGGUCAUGGUACGGAUGCAGGAGGAGGUGGUGGGCUACUACCAGUCUGACGACCUGCAGGUCAGCAACCUGGAGAACAAGACGGUCAUCCUGGCCGACGAAGACGACUGCAUCCAGGAGACCCUGGCUCCCUCGUCACCCUCCACGUCCUCCUCGGCCUACAGCCACAGCAGGAAGCACAGCGGUAAGAAUAGUUACGCCGGCGGCAAGGCCAGGGCGGGAAGCAGCUCUGAGGUGGGCAGCAAGAAGUGGGAGCAGGAGCAGGUGCGCAUCAAAACCCUGGAAGGCGAGUUUGCCGUCCCCAUGUGGUGCGCGCGUAGUAAGAGAGACCAUGAGACUGGACAGGCUGAUGAGAACCCAGCUCUUGGUUAUUCAGAGUACGUGAUGGGGAAGAAGCUGCCUCCUGGAGGGAUUCCUGGCGUUGACCUCUCAGAUCCCAAACAAGUGGCAGAAUUUACUAGAAAGAAGCCCCAGAAAACCAAAGAAGAGCUCCCGAGGUCAAUAGCUUGCCCUAACAAAGGCUGCAUGAAGAUGUUCAGGAAUAACUCUGCUUUGAGAAAACAUAUGCACACCCAUGGUCCCAAGGUCCACGUAUGUGCAGAAUGUGGCAAAUCUUUUGUUGAGAACUCAAAACUGAAACGUCAUCACUUGGUGCAUACGGGAGAGAAGCCCUUUAUGUGCACCUUCGAAGGCUGCGGAAAACGCUUUUCCCUGGAUUUCAAUUUGCGUACCCAUGUGCGAAUCCAUACCGGAGACAGGCCCUUCGUGUGCCCCUUCGAUUGGUGUAAUAAGAAGUUUGCUCAGUCAACUAACCUGAAAUCUCAUAUCUUAACACAUACUAAAAAUAAAAAUUGACAGUAA